CGUCUCAAGAAUGGGAACUGCUGCUGUGAAUGGUGCGAGCAGGGCUGGUCGCCAGCCUCCAGCAGGGCAGAGGUGGCACAUCUGCAUGGUCCCACUGAAAUCAGGGGACAUGAGCCUAUCAGGUACCGGGGGAGGGGGGACGGACAGACGGGACAGCACCCUCAGGGGCAUUGGUGGAGUCUCUGGGCUCCGGGAGGAAGAGGAGCCCUGAGCACUGCUUGCUCCAAGGGCAACUUUCAUGGCCGGAGGGAGUCCCAGCAGAAACCUGCUCCUCGGCUGUCCUGGGCUCAGCACGCUGCAGGAGAUGUGCUGUGACACAGCCUGUGACCAGACCUCGGAGGAAGGAGCAGGAGUGCCAGGAGCAGUCGCCUUCUGUUCAGGGGAAAAUUUUUCUGCCCUCCCACUUCUCCAGCUGAAAUCCACCAACCAUAGCAUUUACCAAUUUUUUCCGACCCAGCACCACUCCAGCCAGCCAUAUUGGGCUGUGGAAAUAAAGCAGCUCUAAUGUUGUAUGUCACCUGCAAAUAACCCGGCCGUUCGAAAAAAGCAAACCACCACCACCAAAACCCACACCAACACCAGGUCCUCUCCAUACACAAAAGUCCUUCAAAAUGAGCCUGGAAGCUUGGCUCCCGCAGCCCACCUUGUUCCUCACUGGCCUCAGCUUGCUCCUUUCGCUGGGGCCUGGCCCCUUUCCUGCCCUGCUUGCAGACGGAGCGGAUUAGCCAGCGGAGCAGCCUUGACAUGCAUCCAGCUUGGCCACAGGGCUGGACCCAAGAGCACCUCAGGAAGAAGGUUUGAGAGCAAAGAGCAGCAGCCAAAGGGGAGAGCGCCCACAGGGUUGGGCAUGGAGGUCAUGGCUCCCGCCACCAUCAGUGCCUUGAAUGGCUCCUCGGUGAAGCUCUCCUGCACCUUCAACUCCUGCUACAAGGUGGAAAACAAGCAGUUCUCCCUCAACUGGACAUACCAGGAGUGCAGAAACUGCUCUGAGGAGCUGUUCCUCCAGUUCCGGACGAAGAUCAUGAACAAGCAGCUGGACCGCUUUGGGAACCGAGUGGAGUUCACCGGGAACCCUGCCAAGUACGAUGUGUCCUUCACCCUCAAAAACGUGCAGCUGGAGGACGAGGGCACCUACAAUUGCUAUGUCCUGAACCCCCCGGACCGGCAUCGGGGCCACGCCAGCAUCAGCCUGAAGGUGCUCACCAAAGAGCCCCCGAAGCACGACUCAACAGUGGCUGUCAUCGUGGGUGCCUCUGUAGGUGGCUUCUUGGCCGUUGUGAUCCUGGUGCUGAUGGUGGUGAAAUGUGUGCGUCGGAAAAAGCAGCAGAGGCUGAACACGGACGACCAGAAGACAGAGGAGGAAGGGAAGACAGAUGGAGAAGGCAACCCGGACGAGGGCACCAAGUAAUGCCCCCCUGCCCACCCCUCCCUUUUCUGCCCUGUACAGCGUGACCCCCUUGAUGUGCUUCCCAGAGCAAGGAUUUCUGUCUCCCCAGAGCAUCCCUCCUUCCAUCCAAAUACCCAACCCCGCCUGGAGCAGGACGUAGGGAGAAGGUCCCCGGAGCCUGGCCACGGCAGCAGGGCUGGAGGGGUGGCUGAAGCGCAUCGAGGCUGCCCCUGAGGCUGAGCUGGGACUCUUGUCCCCCGCUCUGAGUGCCAGAGCAGCGCGUGGGGCCAUGGGGGUGCUGGGGGCAGGGCGGCACGGGAGAGGGGGGAACAGCACAGUCAUCACGCACAGAGGGGCUGGAGCAGGGGGUGCCAGGAGGGGCAGAGGGGGUUGGGCAGCCUCAUGCCCACGUGUCCGUACCCUAUCCCACUAGAAAAAGAAAACAGAGGCCAGUGGCCAGCAGUUGUGUACCCUUAGGGCCCCAUCUCCCCCCCGAGGUGUGCUCCUGCUGCGCCCAGGGCACAGGCACUGGUGUACCUGUCCCUGAGGGGUCCCCGAUCCAUCUCCUCCUUGUGAGUCCUGUGUGCCAGUGCUGAGGGUGCUGCGACAAGAAGCUCAUGCUCCUUGGGGACUGUCCCAGCCUGCUCAGGAGCUGAUGGCUGGGUAAUGACCAUUAGCCUACAUGGUGCCUCUGACCUUUGCUGGUUUUUGGAACUGCUAAUGGCUCAUGAUGGUGUAAUGGAUGUACCCUUCUGCCUCUUGGGCUAUUUUUGGGUCUGAGCACCUCAGCCAAAGGUGCUUGGGCUGACUUUUUUGUGCUCAUUUCCUUCCUGGGGAGGGUAAUUCUAAUGGAAAAUGUUCUGCUGAUGUGCCAAGCCGAGGUGGUAGGGAGCGGCAGGAUGUGGCUGCUAGGGACAAAGAGCUGCUGGGAGGAAGAGGAGGUUUGGGCGCUUACUGGGAAGGACUGGGCACAACCGUGAGCCCAGAGGCAGGACGGUGCUGUCACCCUUGAGCAACCCUGUGAUGCUGAGACUGCCUCCUCCAGCCUCCCUGCAGAGCACUGCACAAUCCAUAACUGCCACGCGAAGCACUGCCAGCCUGCCCAGCCGCGAGCCCCACAGUGCCGGCUGCUGCCUGCCUCAGCCCCGUCCAUGGGCCGUGGUGCCUGCCCUGCUUGCGGCAGCUCCGCCAGCGCACCCCGGGAGCUGCCCUGCAUCCUCUGCACUUCGUUAUUAGCAGUGACCUGGGCAGCUUGGGGGGUGGUGAGGGCAGGCAUGAGGAGCGGUGGUCCCAGCUGGUCCCACCCCGCUGGGGUGCAGGGGGCUGCGGUGAGCCCCAGGGGUGGCACUCAGUGGUCCUGCCUGCCUCGGGCUCAGCGCCUGCCCUGGGCAAGCCCCUGGCCUCCUGCACCAGCCCGGGUGGGUGAGCUGAGCUGGCCGAAGCAUGUGGGGAGCUUGGCCUGGGGUCUCCUCUGGUUCAGACAGGGAAAAUGACCCAAGGAAGUGUCCCCUGCCGCACCGUGUCCAGGCUUUUCUUCUCCCAUGGCAGGCGGGACGUGGGGCAGGAGAGGGGCAGCACACAGAGCCCCAGGGGACACAGCCCAGGGCUUGGUGACAGAGGUCCCAUCACCCACGUGCAGCGCUGCUAGGGGAGAAAGGAACCCUUCGCCACCCCACCCCCCACCCAGUGCUGCCACGACCCUGUGCGGGUGCCAUCCCGGCAGCGCCACAGAUGAUGCCAUCAGGCCCUGGGGAUGAAGGGACAGCCGUGCGCUCCCUGCUCUGCCCCCAUCGCUUCCUGCCCUGGCCCCGCGUGCCCUCUCCACCCUGCUCAACCUCGCUGGGCUCUGCACCGCUCCCCGUCCCGGCUGCAGCAGGAAUGUGCCGUGUCUCGCCAUGUGGCUUCCCCUGCUCCCGUGGGUUUUCCUGCCCGGGGGGCGCUGGGCUGAGGCUGCCGCCCCUGCGCCCCCCACCCAGUUGGCUUUCCCCGUACAGUGCCAGUGGGGAGCCGGCCACAAGGCUGGUUCCUGGGGCCGCCUGCUGCCUGCAGCCGGGCUGCGAGCGGCUCCACGUGGGACUGAGCUGGCAACUUUGCGGCCAAAGGCCUCUGACUGUUGCACAUGACCAGUCUUGCAUCUGCCUUUCAUUUAUUUCAUGCACUAUCCUUGGAUUGCAACUUGCCAAUGCAUCUGUAUGUACAUAGCUGUACACAACAGAGAGAAUCUCUACAAAUAUAUAUAUAUACACACAGGAGGCGCUGCUAUCGGUCAUGACUAUAGUUUUGGGGUUGCGCCUUCUGAUGGGUUUCUUUUGCCAAGCACUCUGCUGAGUGGAGGAU